AAAAAAAAAAAGAAAAGAAAAAAAAAAGAACUCAUUUUUUUCUUCUUCUCAGUUCCAUCUCUACUGAUCAGAAGAAUGCGAUCACUCUUCCACCUCAAGAACGGUUUAUAGAUAAUCAAUCUGAUAUCUUUCUUCAUCCAAGACCCACUCAUAUCCCAUAUUUCCCUCUUCAGCUCUAUCAGCUCUCUCUUAUCAGUGAUCGAAGCCCUCAGUCUAUCAGAUUUUCUGAGUUUCAGUGGAGAGACCCUAAAGUUCAAAGCUUUGGGCUGGUUUUAGUUGGGUGUUGCUCAGCUUCCUUGCGAGAAGUUAUUUGUUUGAUCUAUUUUAGAGACUUUGAGAAGAGAUGGUAAAUUUAGGAUCAAAGAAGCCCCCCUUAAGUUCAGUUAUCUUAAUCUUUAGAAUCCCUUACUAUACACAAUGGGGACAAAGCCUACUUAUUUCUGGAUCCGAACCAGCGCUUGGAGCAGGGAAUGUAAAGCAAGGUUUAGGUUUGGUUCCAGUUCAUCAAGGAGAGGAACUUAUCUGGCAUGGGAAGAUUUCUGUGCCAAUUGGAUUUCAGUCUGAGUACUGCUAUUAUUUAGUCGAUGACAAUCGAAAUAUUUUGAGAUGGGAAGCUGGGAAGAACCGGAAAGUUUCUCUGCCAGAAGGAAUCAAAGAGGGAGAGGUUAUGGAAAUUCAUGAUCUUUGGCAGCCAGCUUCAGAAGCUCUUUUCUUGAAAAGCGCCUUUAAAACUGUUAUAUUCGGUGGUUCUCUAAACUCGGAUCCAAAAUUUCCUUUUGAAACCAAUCAAACAGAUGAAAAUCAAGAAGAUUCUAUUGUUGUUUUGUUCAAGAUUAGCUGCCCAACUAUAGAAGAAGGAACAUCUGUUUAUGUCACUGGCAGUGUGAGUCAAUUAGGGCAAUGGAGGAUUGAAGAUGGACUGAAGCUUAACUAUACAGGAGAAUCUAUUUGGGAAUCAUAUUCAGUUGUAAGAAAAGUCGACUUUCCGAUAAAAUACAAGUAUUACCAGAGUUGCAAUCAGCGAGGUGCUUCCAUGGAAAUUGGUCCCUAUAGGGAGUUAGCUCUUGACAUGACAUCCGGCUCAAUACCUAAAUAUGUUGCUCUGUCUGACGGAUCUUUUAGGGCAAUUCCCUGGAGGGGUGCUGGUAUUGCUAUACCAAUGUUUUCUGUUAGGAGCAAUGACGACCUUGGCGUCGGGGAAUUUCUCGAUCUAAAACCUCUAGUUGAUUGGGCAGUGGAAACAGGCUUUCAUCUAGUUCAAUUAUUGCCUAUAAAUGAUACUUCAGUUCAUGGGAUGUGGUGGGAUUCGUAUCCCUACAGUUCUCUCUCUGUGUUUGCUCUGCACCCUUUGUAUCUCCGAGUUCAAGCACUUUCGGAAAAAAUUCCACUAGAUUUGAAGAAAGAGAUUUUGCUGGAAAAGGAGCGGCUGGAUAGAAAGGAUGUUGAUUAUGAGGCCACAUUGGCUGCUAAAUUAGCCAUUGCAAAGAAAAUAUUCAAUCUGGAGAAGGAUGAGAUACUUAAUUCCAGCUCCUUCCUAAAAUUCUUAUCUGAUAAUGAGGAGUGGUUGAAACCCUAUGCAACAUUUUGUUUUUUGCGGGACUUCUUUGGAACAUCAGAUCAUAGCCAAUGGGGUCGCUUUGCUCAAUUUUCAAAAGAGAAGCUAGAGAAGCUAAUCUCAAAGGACAGUUUACACUAUGAUGUCAUCUGCUUUCACUAUUACAUUCAGUACCAUCUGCAUUUGCAAUUAUCAGAUGCAGCAGCUUAUGCAAGAAGGAAAAAAGUUGUUUUGAAAGGAGAUUUGCCAAUAGGAGUUGAUAGAAAUAGUGUUGAUACAUGGGUUCAUCCAAACCUAUUUCGCAUGAACACCUCUACUGGAGCACCUCCAGAUUAUUUUGACAAGAAUGGACAAAACUGGGGAUUCCCUACUUACAAUUGGGAGGAAAUGUCAAAAGAUAACUAUGCAUGGUGGAGAGCUCGUCUUACGCAGAUGGCUAAGUAUUUCUCAGCAUAUAGGAUUGAUCAUAUAUUAGGUUUCUUUAGAAUCUGGGAGCUUCCUGACCAUGCUGCAACCGGUUUAGUUGGCAAAUUCCGUCCAUCCAUCGCUCUAAGCCAGGAAGAGCUGGAGAGGGAAGGUAUCUGGGAUUUUGAUCGGUUGAGCCGUCCAUAUAUUCGACAAAACAUUCUACAGGUAAAAUUUGGAGCCAGAUGGACAGUUAUUGCUUCAUGCUUCUUAAAUGAAUAUGCAAAACAAUGCUAUGAGUUCAAGGACGACUGUAAUACAGAGAAGAAAAUUAUCGAGAAGCUCGGAUUGCGCACAGAGAAAUCAUUGUGGGCUGGUAAUGAGGUUGAAGUACAGAGAGGACUCUUUGAUCUUUUACAGAACAUAGUUCUUAUCCGAGAUCCUGAAGAACAAGGAAAGUUUUAUCCUCGGUUCAACCUUGAAGACACAUCAAGCUUUCAAGAUUUAGAUGAUCACAGUAAAAAUGUUCUCAAACGAUUAUACUACGAUUAUUAUUUCCACCGGCAAGAAAAUCUUUGGCGUCAAAACGCAUUGAAGACUCUACCUGUUCUGUUGAGCUCAUCAGAUAUGCUAGCCUGCGGUGAAGAUCUUGGUCUUAUACCUUCUUGCGUUCAUCCUGUUAUGCAAGAGCUGGGAUUGAUAGGCCUACGAAUUCAGAGAAUGCCAAGUGAGCCAGGCCUGGAGUUUGGCAUUCCAUCACAGUACAGUUACAUGACGGUUUGUGCGCCGUCGUGUCAUGACUGCUCGACCAUGCGAGCAUGGUGGGAGGAAGAUGAGGAGAGAAGAUAUCGUUUUUACCAAAAUGUGAUUGGCUCCAAUGAUGAACCCCCAUCUCAAUGCACACCUGAAGUAGCCAAUUUCAUCAUCCACCAACACCUCUUAGCUCCAUCAAUGUGGGCGAUUUUCCCUCUUCAGGAUUUACUAGCACUGAAAGAAGAGUACACAAACAGACCAGCAAAGGAGGAAACGAUAAAUGAUCCAACAAACCCAAAGCAUUAUUGGAGAUAUCGAGUGCAUGUGACCCUGGAAUCAUUAUUAAAGGAUGAGGAUCUGAAGAUCACCAUUAAGGAUCUGGUAAUUAGCAGUGGAAGAUCUUACCCCACUUCUGAAGCUGAAAUAAAGAACAAGCAGCAGGUGGAGAAUAUUCAGAGUAAGAUCUCUAGCAUCCAAUUUAAUGGUGAUUGACAGGUUUAAGUGCUCUGCUCUGUUCCUUUAUUGUUAGCAUAAUGCAGCAUAUUUCAAUAGUUCUUAGCAUUCAAAUAUCUUGUUAUAUUCCAAUAAACCAUCUGAUGUUCACAUCCUGUGAUGGUGGAAUUUUUUUUUUCUAUUAGUAUUUGGAGUUUUAUUUAAAUCA